AAUUGAGACAGAUAAUUCGCCAGCAUGUCACAAAAGCACAUGGGUAGUACUCUAAGCCGACGAUCCCAUUGCAAAAGACAGCAGAAGAUAGAAGUCGAGCGAAAGUCGGAGUGCUCGGUGCAAGUGCUCGAGUCAGGAAAGUCAGCCACAUCGACAACAAGAGCAAACAGGACACGCGUUCCGUUAUCAGGGCUGCGCGCCCGAGGAGAGGGUUCCCCACACAUUGUUCAUCCCCCGAGGACGAGCAAGCACGAUGCCUUCCCAGUCCACCCUCUGUCUCUCCUUGCUCGCUGUCGGCUUGGCUUCGUGCGUGCAGGCCACCCCGCUCUCUACACAUCCAUAUGACACUCGCUCCCGUUAUCCAUUAGCCGUCGCACCACUCCUAGUUGAGGAGCACCCGCACGGCACCGUCAACAACUCAUACAUUGUUGUGUUGAAACAUGACAUUGCUCCAGAGUUGAUGGACAACCACCUGAACUUCCUCCAGCUGGCAGAGACCGAGAACCCGCUGGUCGGCGAUGACGAAUUGUCGGCCGGUCUUCGACAUGUUUACGACGGUCAGAUCAAGGGGUAUGCUGGUCGCUUCAGCCAGGACGCCAUUGAGCGUAUUCGCCAGAUGCCAGAGGUUGACUUUGUCGAGAAGGACCAGAUCGUCCGCACGACCGAGGUCGAGACGUUGGAUACUCAGAAGGGAGCGCCUUGGGGUCUGGCUCGUAUAAGCCAUCGUAAGAAGCUUACUUUCUCUACCUUCACCAGGUACCUUUUCGACAAGCAAGGCGGUGAGGGUGUUGAUGUCUACGUCAUCGACACCGGCAUCAACGUCGGCCACAAGGAGUUCGAGGGUCGGGCUUCCUGGGGAAAGACCAUUCCUCUGAAUGACGUUGAUGAGGACGGCAACGGUCACGGUACUCACUGCGCGGGUACCAUUGCUUCGGCCAAGUACGGUGUUGCCAAGGGAGCACAUGUCAUCGCUGUCAAGGUCCUCGGUAGCAACGGAAGUGGUACCAUGAGCGACGUUGUUGCUGGUGUUGACUUUGCUGCCAAGACCGCAAAGGCCAAGCUCGAAGCUGCUCGUAAGGAGUUUGCUGCCACUGGCAAGACCAAGCACAAGGGUUCCGUCGCCAACAUGUCCCUCGGUGGUGGCAAGUCCCAGGCCCUCGACCGCACCGUUGACAAGGCCGUCGAUGAUGGUUUGCAUUUCGCUGUCGCUGCCGGUAACGAUAACCGUGACGCUUGCAACUAUUCGCCUGCCGGUGCUCAGAAGGCUGUCACCGUUGGUGCUUCCACUCUCGGUGAUGAGCGUGCAUACUUCUCCAACUACGGAAAGUGUGUUGACAUCUUCGCACCUGGUUUGUUUGAACAUUCUCUCCACCUACAUCGGAAGCACUACCGCUACCACCACCAUGUCCGGAACCUCCAUGGCGUCUCCUCACACUGCCGGUCUCCUCGCUUACUUGCUCUCGCUCUACCCGUCCAAGACCUUCAACCCCUCCGUUACCCCUGAUCUCGUUCCCUCUGCUCUGCACUCUCAGACGUUCAACCCCGCCUCCUUCGCUGACGUUUACGCCAUCGCGCACUCUUCACUGCCAAGCUGGAUCUCCACUUUCCUCCCACCACCACGGUUGCUUGAGGAAGUCGUCGCUCCUACACCCAACGAGCCCACUUUGACGCCUAAGCAACUCAAGGCUGCUCUUUUGCAGUUGGCGACCAAGGAUGUGUUGGAAGCGCUUGGGGAUGAGGAUACUCCUAAUUUGUUGAUCUUCAACAACGCUACGACUCUCUGAACGAGGGGGUUUUUGAACCGGAGAAUGAGAGUUAAUGUGUUCCUCUCGGUUGGGAGGAUGUGAUGUGAUGUUAUGCAUGCCCUGAAGUCCCACCUCUCCCUGUCAUGGUUGUGCUGGAAUGGACAGUUUCUUAGCACAUUUGUAUACUAGUUCAGUCGUUUUUCUUGUGUACUAUUGUCGUUCGGAAUACCAUAUAGCUUCUCAUUAGAAUUUUGAAGACGCGUUGGUCAUGAUAUUGCUAUUUGAGUCAACUGUCAAUGGGGUGAAUGCGCUUCCAAACAUCCUGCGGUGCGUAGCACACGACCGCAGGUUCUUCUUCGCUGAUACGUACGGUAUUCCGUCGGUAUUACCGGCCUUACGUACAACUGGAUGCCUGUCCGUAAGCGAAUUCUAUUUACAUAUAAAGCAGACCCUGAAUG